UCGGUGACGGGUCCGACUGACUGCCAGGUCGGCAGGUGGUCUGUUGUCUUAUCGCGCAGUGCCACAAGGUUGAUCUCGUGCCUUUGUCGCAUCCAUCUUCUUUGCGAUGUCUAUUAAUUGCGCCUUCCUGCCCAUCGUGAAGGAGUCAUUUUGAGGGGAGGUAAACACGGAGCUCGUUUCGCUGUCGUCGCUCGAAGAGAACAAAGAUGCGCGCUCCCUGGCUUUCAUUGGCAUUGGCAGCCAGUGCUGUAGCAAGCCCUAUCAGCUCGAAUCUCCAACAAGUCGGCGAUGACAAACUUGGCGCAGUUGCUUCGGAGAGCACAAUAUGCAGCAACAUUGGUAUUGAGCUGCUAAAGGCUGGUGGAAACGCGGCCGAUGCGCUCGUCGGAACCGUUCUUUGCGUCGGCGUCAUUGGCAUGUACCACAGUGGCAUUGGAGGCGGUGGUUUCAUGCUUGUGCGAUCGCCGCACGGCGACUACGAGUUUAUUGAUUUCCGAGAAACGGCCCCGGCUGCGGCAUUCGAGAACAUGUAUAAGAAUAAUACGGAUGCUUCAAUUUAUGGCGGAUUAGCAAGUGGCGUUCCUGGCGAACUGCGCGGUCUCGCUCACCUCCACGACAAGUAUGGCUUAUUACCGUGGCCGAUGGUUGUCAAGCCUUCUGUCAAUGUCGCCCGCCAAGGCUUCCCAGUCACCGCAGACUUGGUGAAACAGAUGAAGUCUGCUGUUGCUGGACAAGACAAUUUCUUGGUCAACGACCCUAACUGGGCGAUUGACUUUGCGCCCAACGGAAAGCUCCUGGGGAUUGGAGAUACUCUGACGCGAAAACGCUAUGCCAAUACCCUUGAAGCUAUCGCCGAGGAGGGCGUCGAUGCCUUCUACCACGGUCCCAUCGCGGAGUCUAUGAUUCGGGCAGUCCAGGCCGCGAACGGCACUAUGACGCUCGAGGAUUUGCGCAACUACACCGUAGCUCUUCGGAAGCCCGCCCAUAUUGACUAUCACGGCUACAAGCUCACCGGCUGCAGCGCGCCAUCGGGUGGUACUGUGGCAUUGUCCGCGCUCAAGAUUAUUGAAGGAUACGACGGAAUGGGUGAGGCCUCCAUGCUCAAUCUGAGCACCCAUCGUUUGGACGAGGCAAUUCGCUUUGCUUAUGGCGAGAGAGCAAAUCUUGGAGAUCCCUAUUUUGUUCCCGGCAUGCAAGAGUACGAAGACCAGAUGCUCAACGCUUCAACCGCUGCCGAGAUCCGUGACAAGAUUUCCGAUUUCCACACGCUCAAUGUCUCCGCCUACAACCCCUUGGGUUUGGAAAGCUUAGAAACUCCAGGAACCUCUCACAUUGUCACUGCCGACGGAUCUGGCAUGGCCAUUACCCUGACCACUACCAUCAACCUGCUCUUCGGCUCGCAAGUCCUGGUCCCGGAGACAGGUAUUAUCAUGAACAACGAGAUGAAUGACUUUUCUAUCCCUGGCACGUCCAACGCCUUUGGCUACAUCCCCUCCGAGGCCAACUAUAUUCGCCCCGGCAAACGUCCUUUGUCGUCCAUUUCCCCUGUCAUCGCCGAAAAGCCCGAUGGCACACUGUACUAUGUAAUCGGAGCCGCUGGCGGCUCCCGCAUUAUUACCUCUACCAUCCAGAAUCUCUGGCACGUGCUCGACCAAAACAUGACUGUGCCGGAAGCUCUUGCGCAGCCUCGUCUCCACGACCAGCUCAUGCCCAACCAAGUCACUUUCGAGUACUCGUACAACAAUGAAACUGUGUCCUUUAUGAAGUCGCGCGGCCAUAACGUGACUUGGGUCGCUCCCGGCCAGAGUGCCGCUCAGGGUAUUCGCAGACUUUCUAAUGGCACUUUUGAGGCCGCGGGAGAGCCAAGACAGGUCAGCUCCGGCGGUUUUGCCAUUUAAGCCAAGUUCAUCAACGGCUCAUACCUGGGUGUUAAGAACAAACCCUGCAGGUUUUGGCAAUUAAUACGCUUGGAAGUAAUCGCUUUUACCACUGUAUCAUGCAUCUACGACUUGAGAUGUCCAUAAGAUUUUGAGAUUUAGCCUUGCAGCUG